AUAAACAAAUCCUUUUGACGUCACAGAAAUUCCUCUUUGAAGUCUACUUUGUAACUCGUGUUAAUUCCCGUAGGCCUAUGGCUUUAUUACCCAACCACAAGGCUAGGCCUCCCAAAUAUGAUGUUUACGAGGAUGGAGAAAAAGAUGCCGCUCAGAUCUUUGGUGACAGCAACUCGGACGGGCAUGGGAGCUCAAAUAAAGGGUCUUUGGAUAAACUACUAUGGAGGGCCCCAGCCCAUAGGCAAGACAAGACACCCAAACAUUCGACUCCUGUGUAUCCAGGUGGCCCUCCGCUUAUUCACAUCCCAUCGGGUUUAAUGUCUGACGACUCGAGGAACACGAGCAGGGGUGGAGAAAGGAAAAAACAUGAGGAGGAAGCACGCAUAUUGGAGAACCUGUAUGCCAAGAGAAAGGAUGUGAUGUCUGGAUCUGGUGGCAGUAAGAAGCCGAGGAUACCAUACAGCAGCCUGCUCUCAGUCACAUCAACAACUUCAGAUUACACGAGGUCGUCUACAGGAACUGGCAGUAGCCGAGCUGGUAUGAGGACUCCGAGGACUGGAUCUGAUCGCAGUACAGUAACCCCAAGUACAGGGCCUUCUCGAACCCCUGGUUCAGGCUGCCCGAGAACUCCGGGGAGCCGCGUGCUUCUUCGAUCAGUGAGGUCUGUUGUUGAAGGUCGUGGACAAGCCCGAAGAGAGGUGGGGAUAGCUGCCAUUGACCUUCGAUGCCCUCAGUUGUCGUUGGCUCAGUUUUCCGACACUCACACCUACACUCGAACCCUCACCAAGUUGGCUAUUUUCAAUCCUCUAGAGGUCAUCGUCGCUAGUACGGCUGUCCCAACAGACUUCAGAAGUCGAUUAGGGGGAAGGGGUUUGGUUCAGGUUAUCCAGGAGUGCAUAACGGAGAUAAGUGUGACGGCCAUUCAUCGGCGGUAUUUCAGCGACACGAGGGGCCUGGCUAUCGUGAAGCAUCUGGCCUCGCCUGAAUGUGCGUACAUUGAGAGGCAUAUCUCAGCCAAGUACUAUUGCCUAGCAGCUGUAGCAGCACUCAUGAAAUAUGUGGAACACAUUCAGCAUGUUACCUAUGCCCCUCGUAGUCUGCACGUAUCUCUGUCAUCGUCUGAGAGUACAAUGUUCAUUGAUUACUCGUCUUGCCGCAAGCUGGAGCUAGUUCGAGGUUUGCGGGGAGGUUGGGAGAACUCUCUUUUUGGAGCCUUGCGGCACACUCGCACUCCUGGCGGAACGAGACUUUUACGGGCAUCCCUCUUGCAGCCCCAUGCAGAUUCCGCUACGAUAAUCUUGCGACACAAUGCCUUGCAGUAUUUAGUUGAGAAUCUGGAGCUCUUCUCUACUCUUCAGAGCAUUUUGGGUCGAUUUCCUGACAUAGACUGGCUGCUUUCAAUGUGUGUUCAGCUCCCAAAGGAGGACACAGAACAACGAUGUGAGCUUAGGUUGAAUUAUGUCAUCGCCCUGAAGAACACUUUGGAGUUGCUUGACCCAUUGAGGAUGGCUUUAGAGGACGUUUCUGACCCUCUUUUGUCAUCUGUGAAGGAGGCAGUGAACAGCCAAGCCCUAAGGGAACUUCUUGACCUGUUUGCGGGAGUUUUGCAUGAAGACGCUCGUCUUGUGAAAUGUACAGCAGCCAUGAGGACCCAGCGAUGUUAUGCUAUAAAGAGUCAUGUCAACGGACUUUUGGAUGUGGCACGGAAGAUCUACUCGGAAAUCAUUGAUGAUAUCACUACUUAUGUGGAAGAACUUGGAAAAGAACUGAAGAUGAUGCUCAGGGUGGGUCACAAUGCAGCCAGAGGAUUCCAUAUAUCUAUUUCCCACAAAAAGAACAGUGCUCUUAAUCUCCCUCAUGUUUUGAUUCAGGUUCAGCGUGGAAAAGGCUGCAUCACUUGCACUACUGAACAGCUCUACCAGUUAGAUCAGCGUUCAAGGGACACAUUGAGAGAGAUCCUCGUCAUGAGUAAUGUGAUUGUUGUAGAAAUGCUGGUAGAAGCUCGCGGAAGAAUUGGGGCACUCCACGCCCUAGGAGAAGCAGUAUCGACUCUGGAUCUUGUGGUUGCACUCUCGCAUGCUGCAUCUGUAGGCUCGUGGGUGCGGCCAGAGUUUUCGCCAACACUGGCCAUACAGGGAGGUCGACAUCCAAUUCUGGAUGUUCUUACUUCUGUUGAGCCUGUGGCAAAUAAAUGACUUUAUCUGAGCUCUGAAAGUUGUGUCAUGGUACUCACUGGACCCAACAUGAGUGGAAAGAGCACAUACUUGCGACAGAUUGCUUUAAUUCAGAUCCUGGCUCAGCUCGGAAGUUUUGUACCAGCAGACUUUGCUUCACUCAAGCUCAUUCGCCAACUUUUCACGCACUUGGGGUCUGAAGAUUCUCUGGAAAAUAAUGCUUCUACUUUCCAAGUUCAGAUGAGCGAUGUUGCCUACAUUCUUGGUGGGGCAAAUAACGACUCCUUAGUCCUGCUGGAUGAACUAGGGUCCGGGACAUCCAUAGAGGAGGGUGGAAGUCUAGCCUGGGCUGUGAUGGAGAUGCUCAUAGUGGCGAAAGUACCGACGGUGUUGGCAACGCACACACUCUUCCUGACAAAGCUUGCAGAUUUGUAUCCAAGCGUCACUAACUAUCACUUGGAGCACGAAGAAGCCACUGACGGACGCUUGAAGCUCACUCAUGUUGUGCGUCCUGGUGUAACACAAGCAACUCAUUAUGGCAUUGCUCUGGCAAAAGUCACGGCAAUUCCUCGAAACAUCGUGAGCAGGGCAGAGGAACUUGCCAUGACUAUGGAACCAGCCUCUCAGAUAAGUGAAUCGGACAACCGAACCUCAAGGUAUCGAGCAGUAUACCACCUGGCACACCAGCUUUUGAAGCUCUCGGAAGCCACAACAUCCAUCUCUCCUUCGCCUUUGCAUGGCUCUAAAGAAGAGGAAAGCGGCUCUUCUCGUGCUCCGAGUGAUGCUUUGCUCCAUUCUGCCAGCGUUAACCACUCUAGCAUCACUAAUCAUGCUAAAGAUGACAGUGGGGGUGAAUCCUUGAGGUCUGGUCUGGUUGAAGGCAGCGCAGUUGAGGUUAAGUCAAAGUUGCAGUUCCUUCUCCAACAAUUUAUGGAACAGGUUCAUCUGAAAGAGUAGUUUCUUUUGAUGAAUGUAUGCAGCUUAGGUGCUUGGUAUUAGGUGCACAGAAUUCUUCUUGGUAAUAAGUACACGAAAUUAUUGGUACUAGGUGCAGAUUAAUUCCUCUUGGUACGGUACUAAUCAAAUUAUUCUUGGUACUACUAGGUGCACAAAAUUCUUCAUUGUACUAAGUUCACAAAAUUCUUCCUGGUACUACGUGCACGAAAUUCUUCUUGCAAUAAAGUGCAAAAAAUUCUGUAUUGUUUUGUAUUGAAUGAGCAGCUAAGAGAGCUGCAAGAUCAACAAGGAUCUGAAAGUAUACAAAAGGAACUCUGUUAUGUGGUUUUUGUAAUAUAUAUACAAUAUAUAUAUAUAUAUAUAUAUGUCUGAACUUACUGUAGAUGGUAUUGAUUUCUAAACAAUUCUUCCACAGUUGCAUAGUUUACUUGCGUUUAGUGCAAGAAUGCAUUAUUAUUUUGAGAAAAUGUAUAUGGUACUUUUAUUUUUAAAAGUUAUAAAAGUGUUAACCCAAUUAUGAUAAGUCUUUUAAUAGGUACGUAAUUUGAUUAAAGUCCUGCAGACAUUCAUCACUUUGGACUUUACUCCAUAGUUUUAGUUGUGCUUGCUUCAAGCUGUCUCCUGCUGUUGCCAGUAGUUAUCUGUUAUAUGCAGGAACUGGUAAUUUCCUAAUUUGACAAGAAUUAGCAAUGAGUUAAGUUUGAUGUGAGGAACACUAACUUAUUCUAAUCAGUAAACAGGGUUAAUGGUCAGGAAUUUUGUAUUUAUUUUUUGACUGGCUACUA